UUUUGUACAUGAAUGUUCCUUUCUAUCCUACGAAAUAGAAAGCCCGCCAAGGCCGCCAUUUUUGUGAUAAUUUUAAAAUUUUAAAGAUAAUGUUAUACAGGUAGGUAUUUGUAUUGUUUCACGCCUCAAUACUACAUCAGAAGGUUCAGAGUAUUUGGAGUACUUGGUAAAUAUCAGGGUUUUGGGCAUCCAAACUUGAUUUAAUUCAUUGUAGGAAUCCCCAAAUCCUGGUAUUUCCAUACACCUUGUAUUGGCAUCACCCUAGUAAAUAUACAUGAACUUGUAGUUAGAGCUCGACAAUUGGCCUCUUUAGCUCAGUUGGUCAAGGAUUAAUACAAGCAUUUUAGACUGCUACCGUUUUUAUGAAGAUUGAAUUUUAGAAGAACACACCCCAUUUCCAAUAACCCCCCCCCCCCCUAAAAUUAAUGAUUUUGAAAAACAGGCUUUUAAUGGCGUGUUGAAUAUAUACUGAAAAUAUAUAUUAAUAUUGUGAAAAAUAUAAAAAGAUACUGUAAUAAUUAUUAAAAGGAGAAAGAUGGUGCUUCAAGAGGGGGACAUUGGGAUUUACGGUAUGGCGGUAUUAGCUUAUUUUUCUUACGGUAUUUCGGUAUUUUCCUUGAAAAAUUGCGGUAUUACGAUAUUGGAAAUCUUGCGGUACACAGUAUUUGCAAUUUUGGCCUAAAAACUGCGGUAAUUGACAAAAUUUGCUUGCGGUAUUGGGUCAUUCCAGAAAACACCCAUACCACCCCCAAGGAGGAAAUAGGAAGUUAACCCCCCUACCCCCUUUGGAUGUCCUAAUACAUUUACUAUUAUCAGAAACAAUUUUUUCUCCCCUCCCCCUCCGGACGGCAGAAAUUUCCUCUAUGGGGGGAGUAUAGAUCUUUUCUGGAACGACCCAUUAUGGUAUUGAAUACCCCCCAAUGCCCCCCUCCUUCAAAACUCCAUUGAAGUUUGAGUUUUUACUACCGUAUAGGUACCGGUAGUAGAAACGUGCUUGUACAAAUCCCUGUCGGUUAGAGCCCUGGCAUCACCUUAGUAUGUAUGUACAUGAACUUGCAGUUAGAGCUUGACAACUGGCCUCUGUUGCUCAGUUGCGCUGCACUGGAAUCGCAGGGCAACAGAUUCGAUUCCUGCCAGAGGGCCUGUAGUUGCAUUUUUUACAACUGCUCCUGGUCAGAUCUAAUAAAUAUAUGAAAUUCACACUCAAAAUUUCCAUCUACAAAACACUAUAAUUUGGAAUGCUGACUCUUUUAAUUCCAAACUUGUUGCAACACAUGUUGAAUUGAUAUUUUGAUGAGGUUUGUUGUUGACUGUUUUCUAGCUGUCUGUGGAUGCAAAAGAAUCAUGACAAAUGAGGUUUGUGCUUAAGCAUUUUUAUUGAAAGGUCUGAAAGCUGAAAAAUUAAAAAUUAAAUGUCCCAAAAUAUUGAUCACAUACAGUAUACAGCGGAGCGCAGGGGCAGGGUGCAUUCCAAUUGUAAAGUUUACACUUGAGAUAAUAUUGCCAACAUUUGCCCUUGAUCGAUCAUGCCAAUAUUUCAAACAAAUUAACUUUUGGGGACUAAAACCCAAGUCAAAAAAGACAAUCCUGUGCGCUUUUAAGACUGCAAAGUAAUCUCACACCAACAAAUUUUGUAACCUCAUGCUGGAGAUAUCCGGUGUGGGGAUCACCGGGGGAGAGAGAGCCACAUAACAUACUACUACUCAGUACCCAACUGCAUUGUUUACAUGCGGUCAGAUCAUGUAUGUUUGACUACUGUAUAUAGUAUUAUAAAUCAAUUAAUACUAUACAGGGUGUAUAAAAAUUAAAAAAACUGAAAGGAUUUGAAUUUGAAAGGAUUUGAAAGGAUUUCUAUUUCACAAGGCAGCUCUUGGCAUCAAGUUUUUUAUAUAUAUGGAUUCCUUGAGUACCCAUUAUAAUGUAGGGGGAGUGUCUUUUCCAACAAACUAAAAAUUACUUGCGCACGAAAUUUAAAAGCUUUAUCUUUGUGAGGGUUUUAAUUACAGUACAAAAUUCCAGACAUUUGCUUUAGUUUGAACCCUUAAACUCUUCAUGCAAACUUUCAUUCUUUUCUAAAAGAUCAGCCUUUGGCAUGCUUAAUUAAUGCCUUUACUUAAUUUGUAUAUUGCCAGUUCGACUUGCUCCAAUGAGACAUUUAAUUAGAAUUAGAACUUUGCUUCGGAAAAAUGUUUCUCUAUGGAAUUCGAUCACUGUUCUAAAACACCUCGCAUUGUUUUGUCUUCUUGGCAACAUUUUAAAAUGGUUAGGCUACAAUUCACUCCACAGCAGAGCUUUUAUUGUAAUUGAGUACUAUCGAAACAAUGCUAGAGUUUACAGAGUUCUGCAAAGAUUUAGGCAAGAGUAUCCAAAUACACACUGGCCUUCACGUGGCACAGUUUACAGUAAUGUACGGUACAGCUUACAGUAAUUUAUCUGAAUUUUCUGAACUUCCAGAGUUGGGAGGUGGUACACUUCCACCGCUACGUCCCUGGGGGGCAACAAGUAGGCUAUAAAUAUAAUUUUCUUUCCAUUCAGGUACAAGCCGAUGAAAACAAACCUUAUGAAUGUGAUGUUUGCAACAGAAGAUUUUCGAAAUCUAGCAACCUAUCGUGGCAUCAAAGAACGCAUGCUGCAAAGAAACAAAACCUUUAUGAAUGUGAUGUUUGCAAAAAACAGCUGUCAGAUUCAGGCUCUUUAAGAUUGCAUAAGAGAACACACACUGCAGAAAAAUCUCAUGAAUGUGACCUAAGAGUACACAAAAGAGGGCAUACUGGAGAAAAGCCGUAUGAAUGCGAUAUGUGUAACAAAACAUUUACGUCUACAAGCGGCUUAGCCGCACAUAAAAGAACACAUACAGAUAACAAGUCUCACGAAUGUGAUGUUUGCAAAAUGAAAUUUUCAGCUCUGAGCUAUUUAAGAGUGCAUAAACGAAUGCAUAGUGGAGAAAAGCUGCUUGAAUGUGAUAUUUGUAACAAAAGAUUUUUACAGCACCAUGGCUUGAAGUUGCACCAAAGAAUACAUGCUGGUGAGAAAUUGUUCGAGUGUGAUGUCUGUUGCAGAAAAUUUUCACAGUUAUGCAACUUGGCAAGGCAUGAACGAACACAUACUGGAGACAAGCCUUAUGAAUGUGAUGUCUGUAACAAGAAAUUUAUUGGAAAAAAUUACUUAGCCAGACAUAAAAGGACACAUAGCGGUGAUAAGCCCUACGAGUGUGAUGUUUGCCACAAACGAUUUUCAGGAACACCGAACUUAACAGUUCACAAACGAACCCAUAUAGGAGAAAAGACAUUUUUAAAUCUAACUUCCGUUAGAGUUCAUAAACGAACACACAACGCAGAGAAACCUUUUGAGUGUGCUGUUUGUAAGAAACAAUUUUCUCAAUCAACUGACUUAGCGGAACAUAAAAGAUUGCAUAAAAUCCAUUCCAGAAGCAGAUCCGACAGUGAUAGUUUCCUAAAAAAGUAUGAAUGUGACAUUUGCCAAAAGAGAUUUUCGAAACCAAGGUAUUUAACACAACAUCAACAAACUCAUACAGGCAAGAAGCCAUAUGCAUGUGAAUUUUGUGAUAAGAGGUUUUCACUAAAGCAUCAUCUAAAGAGACAUAAAGCAACCCUUCACCCAACACUUCCAGAAAAGCCUCAUGAAUGUGGGAUUUGCAAGAAAACAUUUUGGGAUAAAGUGAGUUUUGAGAAGCACAACAUAUCUCAUUCGAGACAAGGCAUGCUUUUAUGCAGCACGUGUGGAAACGGUGUAUUUCAAUCACAAGACUUUCAAGAAAACGAUGCAGAGAAGUCCGUGGAUGAUCAAUAUGAUUGCAAUAAGUGCAAGGAACGUUUUUCUGAUUUUAAAAGUUUGAUUCAGCACCAUGCAUGGGAACAUGGUGCCUCCUACAGAUGCGACACUUGUCAAGAAUUGGAUGCCAAAUGCCUGACUGAUAUUGGUUAUGUUUGUUCCCAGUGUGAUACUGCUUUUGAUACUUCUAAAGAACUUGUUCAACAUAUGGACACUCAUGCCGAGGUUGUCGAAGUCCGUGUCAAUGAAUGCGAUACUUCAGAUCAUAUAAUUCGUUAAAGAAUGGAGUCUACAUGAGUAUACUGUAUACAGUCUGUAUCAGAAGAAAGCAAACAAUUAUAAUAGAAAUAUUCCAAAUUUUGAGCAUCCUCUAUGUAAAACAGUAUGUUAAAAGUUUUUCCAGAUUUUUGCACCUGGAGGGCAUAUAUACAGUGUAAUUGCAUUUUUCUCAAUCACUGCCUGUCAGGUGGAAGACAUGUGUAGCUCCAUCUGCAAAACCCUUCCACACAGUGGAAAUUCCACAGCUUUUUCGUAACUUUAAAUACAGGCAGGUACAGUAGGUAGUAAGGGGUCCUCUCAUUUAACAAAUUUUAAUAGGGUAUGCAUAAAACCAACAUGUGAAAAAUUAUUGUUUUUCUUUUGUUUUGUUUAAUUUGCUUUUAUUAAUUUAUUGGACAAUAUCACAGCGGUAUGAGAACGGGACUCGAGGUACCAUGCGAGGCACUUUCCCGUUUCAAUUAAACAUAUUAUUAAAGUAUAUUAUAGUUCAGCUAUUAAAAUCACUGUUUAGUAAGAUAAUAACUGGUACAAAUAUUUAACGUAUGCAAAUUAUGCGGGAAGCACUCGGGUAUUAUAUACUGUUGGAAAGUGCAAAGAAAAUCAGUAACCUCCUUACUGUACUAGUCUAUACUCUACCAUACUUGUAUAUUUUAAGACUUAAUAUUAUAAAGUUUCUACUUUCUUCUUGUAUACACCCUGUUGAAGUAAUAUGUGAUGUGAUAUUUUUUCUCUAGGCCUAAAAAAAUACCUGUGCCUG